AUGGGUGGUUCCAGCUGCUUCCUCUGCCUGGGGGCAAGGAAGGAAGUCCCACCGCCUCCCCGGGCCGAUCCCCACAGCAGCAGCAGCGUCGCCGCCACCGCGGCACGGACCUUGGCCUUCGACGAGCUCGCGGCGGCGACCAGGAACUUCAGAGACGACUUCCGCAUCGUUCGGACUUCUUUCGCAUAUCGGUCUCCGGGCCAAGCACUGCUAGACUGGAACACAAGGAUGAACAUAGCUGCCGGCGUGGCCAAGGGUUUAGAGUAUCUCCACGACAAAGGUGUGGUGUACCACAUAUUCAUGAGCAGCUCGGACGUCUUGCUCGGAGAAGGCAACCACCCAAAGUUGUCCCAAUAUGGACUGGCAGACCUUGGUCGGCUAGUUGCGGAUGAUGAUGAGAAAUUGUGUAUUGAUUUCACCAGAACCGCUGCAAUUGCCCCCGAGACAAGAUUUAAAGGGAAGGCGACCAUGGAGUCGAACGUGUACAACUUUGGCGGCGUGCUGCUGGAGUUAAUCACAGGGAGGAGGCCCGUCGACCCCACCCGGGCCAUCGCCGAGGAUUGCAACCUUGUCAUAUGGGCCACACAAUUGAUGGACAGGGGCCAGUUCCGCCGGAUGGCAGAUCCAGCACUGCAGGCCCGGUAUCCGUCCAUGGAUUUGCAAGAGGCACUGGAAGUUGCUUCCAUGUGCAUCCACGAAGAGCCGGCCAUGAAAUCCCCCAUCGGUGCCGUCGUCGCAGCUCUGUCUCGCCUUGCCGCCUACGACAAUCAUCCACCUGAAUCUUCACACCAUGCGGCGCUUCGUUAACCUACGGAGAAACGACGUACGUCGACGUCAUCUCCGGACGCAUCGAUCAUAUCAAUCAAGUUAUAUUACUUGUUUGUUGUGAUUGUGACUCUGUUGCUUGUUGACGAAUAACAAGUGCCUGACCUGCAUAGUAUUAGGCUGUUCAUCACAAUCCUAGGUAAAAACAUGCACAGGUUGAUUGGCCGGUGUUAAUGGAUUUAUCUUGGUUCUAGAGGUGGAAAUGUGUGUACUGCAUAAGCAAGAUCGGAAAGUUUCAGCUGAACCGAUCCACACAGUGUGGAAGGCACAAUUAGUAGUCUUUCUUUUCUUUCUUUUUUUGCGGGGUACAAUUAGUACUCUUUCUUUUUAUCAUAAUGUGGUACUCUCUCCAUUUCUUUUUAGUCUGCAUAUUAAAUUUAGUCAAAGUCAAUUUUUGUAAAGUUUGACUAAGUUUAUAUUAAAAUAUAUCAAACUAA